AUGACAAACUUGUUGAAAAAACUCCACAUACACAAAUUUGAUAACAAUCAGCACCUGGAAAAGCAACAAUCAACACCAAUUUUAGAGCAGAAAUAUUCUGAUAACAACAACGACAACGACAACGACAACGACAACGACAACGACAACGACAACGACAACGACAACGACCACGACAACGACAACGACAACGACCACGACAACAAUUACAAUAUGAGUCAACAACAGUUCUCACAGUCUUCACACGUCCCCGGACAGGCAAUUGCCCAUCCAGGAACUCCACAAUCAGCAUCCAACCCACAAAAUGUCACAGCUACAACAACGGCCAAUGUUACACAAGCUCAGGCCAAUUUGCAUGCUCAACAACAAGCUCAAUUACAAGAACAACAACGGCAACAACAAUUUGCUCAGCAACAACAACAACAACAACAGCAACAACAGCAACAACAGCAACAAACUACAGCAGCUGAUGCCGCAAUUCAGAAGUCACUACUUCCAACAAGGUCAACUGUCAGUAAAGGCAAGUACUCACUUCAAGACUUUUCCAUUAUGAGGACUUUGGGUACUGGAUCUUUUGGGCGAGUCCAUUUGGUGAGGUCUGUGCACAAUGGAAGAUACUAUGCUAUCAAAGUAUUGAAGAAACAACAAGUUGUUAAAAUGAAACAAGUUGAGCAUACCAACGACGAAAGGAAGAUGUUAAAAUUGAUUGAGCAUCCUUUUUUGAUUAGGAUGUGGGGUACGUUUCAAGACUCAAAUAACCUAUUUAUGGUGAUGGACUAUAUCGAGGGUGGUGAGUUGUUUUCUUUGCUUAGAAAAUCACAAAGAUUCCCCAACCCUGUGGCCAAAUUCUAUGCUGCUGAAGUAGUGUUGGCAUUGGACUAUUUACAUAGUCACGACAUUAUCUACAGAGACUUGAAGCCAGAAAAUAUCUUGCUCGACAGAAACGGACAUAUCAAGAUUACAGAUUUCGGAUUUGCCAAAGAGGUUACUACAGUGACAUGGACUUUGUGUGGAACACCUGAUUAUAUUGCACCCGAAGUCAUCACCACAAAACCAUACAACAAAUCCGUUGAUUGGUGGAGUCUUGGAGUGUUGAUCUUUGAGAUGCUUGCUGGAUACACACCAUUUUAUGAUACCACGCCGAUGAAGACAUACGAGAAGAUUCUUGCCGGUAAAAUCCACUACCCAAGCUUCUUUAAUCCGAAUGAGAUUGACUUGUUGUCGAAGUUGAUUACGGCAGACUUGACAAGACGUUUGGGUAAUUUGAUGAAUGGACCAGCAGAUAUUAGAAACCAUCCAUGGUUCCAAGAAGUCGUGUGGGAGAAGUUGUUGGCCAAGGAUAUUGAGACUCCUUAUGAGCCACCAAUCACCGCAGGUGUUGGUGACUCGAGUUUAUUCGACCAUUACCCGGAGGCGCAACUAGACUACGGUGCACAAGGUGAAGACCCAUAUGCGCAAUAUUUCCAGGACUUUUAA